AUGAUUGUUGGUCGCCGUUUGCAAAAGGUAUAUCAACAGUGCAAAGAUUACAUACAGAAUACCGCCAAUGUACCAGUGAGAUUUACUCUGUAUUAUGAAUCUCUGUGUCCUGCUUGCAAGGAUUUCUUCAUAGAACAGCUGUACGAAACCUUCCAAAAAGUGGGCAGCAUCAUGAACCUGACCCUUGUCCCAUAUGGAAAUGCAUUGGAACAAAAAAUAGGGGACCAAUGGGUAUUUUAUUGCCAAGGUGGAAAGCAACAGUGUAUUGGCAAUGUUAUUGAGACCUGUGCCAUAAACAUUCUCAAAAAUAUUGAUGUUUACUUGCCAUUUAUCCACUGUAUUGAGAACUACUCUGGCAUCCAGCCAAGCAUUGCAGCACAGGGGUGUGCUUCGCAAAUGAAUAUUGACGUUGCACCUAUUUUGAAAUGUUCCACUAGCAAGAUGGGCAGUGAUUUGGAACACCAGAUGGCAGUCAAAACCAAUGCUCUACAACCUCGUCAUACAUAUGUACCUUGGGUUACUCUCAAUGGGGUACAUACCAAAGCAAUCCAGCAGAAAGCUGUAGACGAUUUGAAACAGUUAAUCUGUGAGACAUAUCAGGGUGGUUAUAAACCUGUGGCCUGCUCAAGCUUGAAGAGAUCUGUAAGAAGCUACAAACUUGAUAACAAACCAGAAAUUUGACUGAAAACAUCAAAUGCUCUCUCUCUUACAAGGUUUAUUUACUUUAUCCAAUUUUUUGCCAAAUUUUGUAAUGAAAAACAGUUGCCUAACAACAGAAUUUAUCUGUGGCAUACAAAAUAUAUCACAGGGAAGAUUUUCAUGUAGAUUGGUA